UUAAAAGAAGAAGAAACAAAAAUAAGAUGCAGCCUCCCAUGGAAACCUCUUAUGAAGAUUUUGAGCCCUUCUGCAAAUGGCGAAGGGAGCAUAAGUGUGACACACUUGAGGUACAUCUUCCCGGAUUUAAAAGGCAGCAAUUGAAAGUUCAACUUAGCAGUUCUGGGGUCUUAAACAUCACUGGAGAACGUCAAUCGGAUGAGGAUAAAAUGAAAAGAAGCCGAUUCCGGAAAGAAUUUCCACUUUCGGAGAAUUGUCAACCAAACCAAAUUCACGCAAAGUUCUCUAAUGGCAUUCUUUACCUGGCAAUGCCUAAGGAAAUUUCCAACAUUUCAGGUGCUGGUGGAAAUGUUAGUUCAGGCAAUCGUAAUAAAAAGAUAGCUAUGGAAAUCAUAGUAGCAAUUUCCUUGGCAAUGGCUGCUGGAGCUUAUGUAAUCAAAUAUUGCCAAUGUUCUCAUCUUUGGAACUAAUACUUUGUAAUUUCAACAUGAAUAAAAAUGAAACAUUUAUAAGUUGAACUUAUUGUUUGCGAAUUUAAUUAUCUCCUGUUUUCUCUAA